AUGGUUUCGUCUCAAAUAGGGAAAUUCAGAAGAAACUAUAGACCAGCUCUUGCUGUAUUAAGGAAUUUAGGAUCCGAAAUCAUGGUUCAAUGGAAUAGAUAUGCCGGGAGCGUACAUCUCACUGGCAACAAGUACGAUUUAGUUCAGUGUCACUGGCACACGCCUUCUGAACAUACGCUCGGAGGACAAAGGUACGACAUGGAACUGCAUAUGGUCCAUAGAAGCUCCGAAGGACAGUUUGUUGUACUUGCUAUUCUAUAUCAUUUAGGACGUUCUGAUCAUUUUCUCGACAAGGUUUUAGAAAGUAUUAAUAAUUUAACAAAAGGUGAAGAAGAAAUUGAUUUGGGUGAUGUUGAUCCAUGGGAUAUCAAGUUUGGAAGCAGAAAGUAUUAUAGAUACAUGGGUUCUCUCACAUCUCCUCCAUGCACCAAAGAUGUUCUUUGGAUACUCCUUAAUAAGGUGAGAACGGCAUCAAAGGAGCAAAUUACAAUAUUAAGGAAAGCUGUCCAUGAU